UACGUAGAAUCGAGUUUCCACAAUCCCUGAGAAGUGAAAAAAAGUCGUUCGGUGUCUCUAGAGGAUGUUUUGACACUACAAGGUCAUGCUGACACCAUGACAAGAUCACUGUUACAACUGUUUUGCCUACGUAAACGCACAGCACAAGAAACUCAGAAGUACAGGGGUGCCCUUCCUUACGAGCUCGUGGAGAAAAUCAUUGUAGAUGCAUGGUGCUCCAUUGGCGACGCACCCGCUAGAUGGCGUUUCUUUCGCACCAUUGCGAUUUUGUCCAAGAUAUGGCGCGAUGUGCUCCACGAGGUGGUAUUGCGCUAUGUCUUUAUCGAGACAAUGCUCGAUUUCGUCGCAUAUGAGAGACUCCUCUCACGUUAUGAUCCAUGCGCUCGAUAUGUCUCCGUCGUGCUAAACGCUGUGGACCACACACGAUUUCGCGUUGACGAGAUUGCAAAACAUGUUCCAGAGGCGCAAUUCAUAUGUAUUGCGAUCACAAUGGAUAGGCGAUACUAUUUCGACGCAAUCCUCCAAAAUCUCCUAGCAAAGACGGAAUCACUCACGCACCUCCGUAUUUGUUGGCCUCCCCUUCGUGAUUCUUUUGCAUGCCCCCUUUCUAGUGUCGUCAUUAGUUCAGUGACGCAUUUGCAUAUAGCGCGCCAUCCAUCAGCAUCACUUGGUUCUAUCCUUGCGUCUUUCCCGAACGUAACUCACCUUCGCUUGGGCACACCGUGUUUCCUGAAGAACCUUGUCCCGUACAUGUCCACAGUUCGAGUUCUCAUCCUCGAUGCUCCACCACAGUACAGCGUGCAUACAGUCUCUCAAGCUCCGGCUCUCAUGUUCCAAAGUUCGGUCCCACUUUGGAAUAUUUGCGACGCACUUGAGCAUGGCUUGCUGAAGUCUACCGCCAACUACCCAGGCCGGAUCAUCAUGAAUGCGGGAAAGUCGGACGCGGAUAAGUCCAUAACUACAGAUAUUGCUCUGAGCUGCCAGAGGCAUGGAGUGGUCUUUGAAUGCAGACGAAGACAUCCGCCGUUAUGGCAGCCCAGUCAUUUGGAUUCCAGGCGUUGGGACCAUGACGCAUGGAGCUAACUGCAUGUAGCUACUCAAGUAGCAACAGUGGUUCUUUGAUGCUAGCUAUGCUACUAUCAAAAUCUCAAGGCCCUUCGGUACUUGAUGAAGUCAAUCAAGUUGUCUCGCAUCUCCUCCCCUCUCCGUUUCAAAUCUCGCUCCUUCCGCCUGUCGAUUGCUCGCACGGCUUUACGCACCCCUUCAACG